AUGUUCGACGGCUGCGCCGGGGUUUAUCUUCAGGAGACGAGGACCUCGAGGGUCCCAGAGCUCGGGGCAAGAAGAAGGUCCCCGGCGGCGCCUACCGCUCCACGGCAGGAGUGCUUCGAGAAUGCAUUUCAGCCAAUCGAAUGUGUCAACGAUAUGCCGCUUCAGAAGCUUCCGACGCUGUUCGUGUCGCACGGCGUGGGGGUGCUGCCGCUGCUCGCGGAGAAGCGGCUGAGCCGGUCCCUGGCGCAGCUGCCGCGCCGCCUGCAGCUGGACGAGCACCGCGUGAGAUGCAUUUUGGUGAUCUCAGCGCACUGGGAGACCAAAGGCGAGUUGGAGGUGACGCUGCGCCGCACCCACGCCCAAGGCCUCCUCUACGAUUACGCCGGCGCGCCGGAGGAGGCAUACGAGGUGCACCAUCGAUAUCACCCACCUGGGGAUGCUCAAGUGUCCGGCUGGGUCUUGGACCUAUUGGAGGCCAAGGGCAUCGCGGCCAGGCACAACUCGGGCCGAAACCUGGACCACGGGGUCUUCGUGCCUCUGGUGCUUAUGUCGGAGCUGCGGAACGUGCCGGUGGUGCAGCUGAGUUUGCCCGCGCUCUCCGGGCAGCGCGGCACGGAGGUGGCCAAGCACUGCCUGGAGGUGGGUCGGGCGUUGGCUCCGCUGCGGUCUCGUGGCGUGCUGAUCCUCGGCAGCGGCCUCUCCUCCAACCCGGUGAGACCACAGCGCCUCGAGAGGUGGACUGAGCGACUGAAGCAUCUCUGUUGCCAAGCACCUCCAUCCGAGCGCUAUGCCGGGCUUCGCCAGUGGACCUCAGCCAUCCCUCAUGCGCGGGAGGUGCACGGCCGGGAGGAGCAUUUGCUGCCGCUGCACGUCGUGGUAGGCGCCGCGCUGGAUGACCCUGGCGAGGUGCUCGGGGACUACAGGGAGCACGAGCGCGCCAUGACGCACUUCAAGUUUGGGUGA